AUGCUGUUCUUUUCUGGACUGUCUCUUUUGCUGGCCACAGGCGCCUUGGCUAUUAGUGUUGAUACCGGCAAUGGUACCUUGGUUGUUGAUACUGGAGGCGAUUUAGUCGUGACCUUUAAUUCAGACGAUUGCGAUAUAACGUCAAUCAAGUACCAGGGUACUGAAUACCAGAAUGAGCCAAACUACAGCCAUUUAGCUUCUGGACUCGGCAGCGGUACCAGCGUCGAGUAUGACACAAUCGACGACUCUGUUGUUGUCUCUUGUUCUGUUUCCAAGGACGAACUUGAUCUCACCCAGUAUUACAUCUUUCUGGAUGGCGCCCCCACGAUCUAUCUCGGAACAUCGACGGUUUCCAACCCCGAGGUUGGAGAACUGCGGUUCAUAUUCCGCCUACAGGGUCUUCAAGGAGCCUACCCUACCGGGAAUGUGUCGGAUACCCGGGUCGGUACUGUUAUUGAGUCCGAAGACAUCUGGGAAACGGACGGUGAAACAAGGGCCAAGCACUACUCUGCCGAGCGCUUUAUCGAUGAUCAGAUCCACUGCGCGUAUGGAGAUGUUUAUGCAUGCCUCAUCAAGCCUAUCAGGGGUUAUGAGGCCUCGACUGGCGGUCCUUUCUAUCGCGAUAUCCGGCUCAACCUCAUUGAAGACGACUGCCACGACGUAUCUUAUUACAUGAAUCAUGGAGAUUUUCCGUGGGAUGUGGUUCGAACCGGCUUCCACGGACCAUACAUUUUUACAUUUGCAGACAGCCUUCCGGAGCCCGGCGACUUCGACUACUCGUUUAUAGAGAAUCUCGGACUAGAGGGCUACCUAGGAGACGGCGAGAGAGGCAUAGUCGUCGGCACGGCUUCAGGGACUUCCAGCGACUUCCCAGUGGUUGUCCACUGGUAUAACGACGACUAUCAGCAAUGGGUCUAUGCAGAGUCUGAUGGCUCCUUUGAGUCUCCGCUUCUGGCUCCAGGGACUUAUACCCAGGCUUUCUACCAGGACGAGCUACUAGCAGGGAAUACUACUGUCACAGUAAAGGCUGGCGCCACAGCUACUGCCACCAUAACCGCCACGAACCCAAUUAUUACAGAAGACCGUACCAAGAUCUUUCAGCUCGGCGACUAUGAUGGUCGUCCAGUUGGUUUUCUGAAUGCGGACAAGCAGCACCACAUGCAUGUAUCAGAUGAACGCAUGGGCGCAUGGGAUACGCCGACUUUUGUCGUUGGUACAAGUUCUGAUGACGAAUUCCCCAUGGCCAUUUUCCAGGACAUCAACAACGACCGGGAGAUCGAAUUUGACCUAGAAAGCGCCGUUAACACUGCGACACACUUUAGAAUCGGUACAACACUGUCCUUCUACUACGGAGAACCCACUGUCCAGGUGAACAAUUACACUUGCGAGGACUUUCCCAAUCCCAAUGCAUCAGGCGGCCGCGGAAUUACCAAGGGCAUGACCCACGGCGAUAUGACAGUCUAUACUUGCGAAAUUCCAAGCGGUACCCUUGUUGCAGGCACGAACAGUGUCACGCUCGGCGUCACCGCCAGCAAGGACGGGUCCUCCUGGCUUUCACCUAAUUACAUUCUUGACUUUGUUGAACUCUACUACUGA